GUUUAUCCAAACUGAACAUUGCCUAAUCAGCAACCUACAGAAGAUAAUUUAUUCUUACUCACUCACUCACUCUCAGCAGACCAUGCUUCUUCUUCCCUCCUUGAAGCUGCAUAGCGCUUUCUGGUUCUGCACUCCCGGUUACCGGAGAAACCAAACACACCGCAAUAGUAAUAUCAUCAGGUGUGCAAAGAAGAGAACCGGCAAACAGCUGUACCCGUCAGAGAAGAAGAAACUGAAGUCCAAAUACAAAGAACUUUUGUCUAUUUUUAAUGAGAAGAGCCAGUUUGAGGGUACAUGGAGACUCUUCAACCUCGCUGUUCCGCUCGAUCAAGAUCCUGGCAAAGACUCUCAAGAAGUUUCCGAUGCGCUUCUUCAAUCAAUCGCUGAACUUCUCAAGUUUCCGGUUGCUUUGAUGUUGCCGCGAGAACCUUUCUCGGUUGUUAGAAAGUCCUUUGAUGCUAGGAAGGAGCCCAAAUUUGUGCAUACAGUGGACAUGGAUGUCCAGAAACUCCUCAGCCUCGAGCCUUUCUCUUUGGAAUGUAUUUCUCAACUGAAACCUAAAGUUGGCCAUGUGGAACGUGUACAUGACGGAGGAGAUUUUGGUGAUCUGAUGAGUAUUAUUCGAGACUGUAAAGAAAAUAAGGAAGGUUUAGCGAAAGGGAAAAAUGGACACAGCAUCUUCUCAAAUAAGUUGUACAAAAAGCAGGAUAUCAAAAAACCAAAAAUUGCUGUAGUGGGUAGCGGGCCUUCUGGCCUAUUUUCCGCUCUUGUUCUCGCAGAGCUUGGUGCAGAUGUCACGCUAAUAGAAAGAGGUCAACCGGUUGAAAAGAGGGGGCGUGAUAUUGGUGCUCUUAUAGUUCGGCGAAUAUUGGAAUUGGACAGUAACUUCUGCUUUGGGGAGGGUGGGGCAGGUACCUGGAGUGAUGGAAAGUUGGUAACUAGAAUUGGACGCAAUAGUGGCAGUGUUAUUGCGGUUAUGAGAACUCUAGUGCAGUUUGGAGCUACAAAACAGAUAUUGAUUGCUGGAAAGCCUCACUUAGGAACUGAUAGGUUGGUUCCGUUACUUCGCAACUUCAGGCAACAUCUGCAAGAUUUGGGUGUAACCAUAAAGUUUGGAACAAGAGUGGAUGAUCUACAUAUAGAAAAUGGACAUGUUCUCGGGGUUAUGAUAUCUGAAUCAGCUGAUGAAUUACGUUUAAAAAGUCAAAAGUUGGAAUGUGAUGCAGUUAUUCUGGCUGUGGGUCAUUCUGCUCGUGAUACAUAUCAAAUGCUUCUUAGUCACAAUGUGGAAUUGGUACCCAAAGAUUUUGCUGUAGGGCUACGGAUUGAGCAUCCUCAAGAACUAAUAAACAAAAUACAGUAUGGUGAACUGGCAUCUGAAGUUUGUCGUGGACGUGGUAAAGUCCCGGUGGCAGAUUACAAAGUUGCCAAUUAUAUUGACAAAGACGAUUUCUAUGAAUCAUCUGAUUCAAAGGUGGCGAGUCGAAGUUGCUACUCUUUCUGCAUGUGUCCAGGUGGGCAGGUUGUUCUCACAAGUACAAAUCCAUCUGAAAUAUGCAUCAAUGGCAUGUCAUUUUCUCGGCGAGCAUCUAGGUGGGCAAAUGCUGCACUUGUGGUGUCAGUCACAAUGAAUGACUUUGAAGCUUUGAAUUAUUAUGGUCCUCUUGCUGGUGUUGAAUUUCAGACAGAGUUUGAAAGAAGAGCUGCUAUAAUGGGAGGAGGAAAUUUUGUAGUGCCUGUCCAGACAGUUCCAGACUUUCUCGAGAAUAAGUUGUCAGUUACAUCUGUUCCGCCAUCAAGUUAUCGCUUGGGUGUGAAGGCAUCAAAUCUUCAUCUGCUAUAUCCAUCACACAUUAUUGAAGCUUUGAAGCAUUCACUUGCAACGUUUGACAAGGAGUUACCAGGGUUUAUCUGCAACGAGGCUCUCCUUCAUGGCGUAGAGACUAGGACCAGUUCCCCAAUUCAAAUUCCUCGCGAUAUUGACUCUUAUGAAAGCACUUCAGUAAAAGGACUAUAUCCAGUUGGUGAAGGAGCAGGUUAUGCUGGUGGUAUCAUUAGUGCUUCAGUAGACGGAAUGCAUGCUGGUUUUGCUGUGGCAAAAAAAUUCAACUUAUUUGAUGGAGAUGUUAAGUCUGUUCUGAGCAAGGCUCAUAAUGUUGGAUUCGCCAAGUACUAGUAGAAAUCAAUUUUCUUCAGAGUUCUACAGGAACAAUGAAUUAGUAGAUAGUGGAAAAGGAUUUUUGUAUCCCCAUUACACCGCAGAAUAUUCGACGUAAUGCUAUGAUUCUGCUCUUAUUCUUCCGUGACACCACAAAGUUGUUAAAUUCAGCUUUUCAUGGAAGAAACACUGAUGCUAACUGGUAUCUCUGUUGAAAUUGUGCAGCAAACAAAGUUUUUCUUCCAGACUGAUAUACCAAUACAGGAAUCAACACUUUUAAACUUCAUUCUGUUGCUACAUAUAUGUAAUAUCUGGAAACAGAAAUAUGUAAUAUCUGGAAACAGAAAUAUGUACUUGCUAAAAUGUAUUUCAUGAUGGUAGCGACACUAAAUGCCAUUUGCAACAUAAAUUUUUGAAAUUGAAAAACCUGCUUACAACUCUUGCAUUUUGA